GCGGGGCUACACAGGGAGGAGGAAAAAAAGUUUUCAGAGAAGACUCCCAGAAGAGCCGAGAAGUGGCUGUUGUGGCCCCGGGACCCCCUCCUGCCGCCCCCACGGCCAGAUUUGAGGAGCGGCACUGGAUUUAUCUUCAGGAUAAUGUCUAAAAGGAUGAAUAUGCUCCUUGAUGUGUCCGCUUACAAGGAACAGUGGGAUCUUGUGGAAAUAGGAUGUUACUAGAAAAGGAAUAUGGCUCAAGAAACCAACCAUAGCCAAGUGCCUAUGCUUUGUUCCACUGGAUGCGGAUUUUAUGGAAACCCUCGUACGAAUGGCAUGUGUUCAGUAUGCUAUAAAGAACAUCUUCAACGGCAGAAUGGUAGUAAUGGUAGAAUUAGCCCAUCAGCAACAUCUGUUAAUAGUCUAGCUGAAUCUUUACCGGUUCAAUGCACUGAAAGCACUAUCCAGGACGCUCCGCCAACACUAGAGUCUACACCUGUACCACCUAUGCAACCAAGCCCUGUGUCAAUCCCAUCAACGCUCUUAGCAGAAUCUGUAGCAACAUGUGAAGUGGAAAGUACAGCCAUAGUGGACAAAACAGGACCUGAAAGAGAAGAUGUGCAAGAAUCAACAUCAGUGGACCUUGCCGAGACAAUUUCAAUAGACAGUACCGGAGAGGAAUUGUCGAUGGAUAACUCAGAUUUACCUGACACUACCAGGGGCUCAGAAACAGAAUGCGAUUAUGACGCAAGCAUAGAAAAUAAUAUAGAUGAUCCCGAUUUCCCGGAUGAGAGCUCGAGAGUGAAAACGAAGAGGUGUGACACAGAUAUAACGCUAAACACACUUCAGCAUCAGAUAAUGCAGAACCUUCUUCUGAAGAACAGGACAAGUCCCUUGACAAACCAAAACAGAAAAAAACCCGCUGCUUCAUGUGCCGGAAGAAAGUUGGUCUUACUGGGUUUGAAUGCAGGUGCGGAAACGUUUAUUGCGGCGUACACCGCUACUCAGACGUCCACAGUUGCUCUUACAAUUACAAAGCCGACGCCGCGGAAAAGAUCAGAAAAGAGAAUCCCGUCGUUGUCGGCGAAAAGAUCCAGAAGAUUUGAACUGCUACUCUUGCUGGGAUAUUAAAACAAAAUUGACCAUCUGCAGAUGAAAUUGACUUGAGCUUCUUCCCACCGCCCCGCUCCCCACCCUCCCCCCUUCGCCCCAUUCUUCUCCAUCCUUCCCUUUAGUCACUGGGAACACAAGAGCGUGUUUUCUGAAUCAUGCAUGUCAUCAGAAUAACAUAGAUUUCCCCCCUCCCUUGUUUAGAACAUAUCCGAACACAUACUUUAACACAUACAACCGGUCCUACACUUCUGAGAGUCUACACUUUGACUGAAAUACCAUGGCUAUACAAGUAUUAUCCUUUUAAAAAAUAAGUUUAACUUUUAGUUGAAUGCAGAGGGCUUUUAUAAUACAAACACAGAGAUAUAUCGGAAGGGCAUCCGUGCUUUUGUUUAUUUUUCCCUCUAGUACUAAACAUGCAUGCAUUAACCGGGCCGUUUUCCUUUCUUCUUCUUCUUUGUAUAUAGCUUUUUUUCCCCUUCUCUGCAGCACUAUUUCCUCUUUUUUGAUAACACCUCCUAUGGCACAACUAGCGAUCAGUAACUGAAUGUAUUUUAAUCAUUAAGGCUGCUUGGGUUUGUUUUGUUUCCCCCUCCCAUUAACAAAGUUUAUGCAUACCUUAGCAUAAUAGCUUGUUUGCACCCACUACCUAUUUAUGUAUGAAUCAUUGGUAAUGAGUGUGUGUGUGAGAGAGAGAUUGAGAGGGAGAGAAAGGGAAACUGCUAAAAUCUGUGUGGUGUUUUUAUUUCUUUUCAAAAACAACUAGUUUUCCCUUCUUUUCUACCUGUGUGUGUGUGUGUGUGUGCUUGUGUUGCAGAGUGGUCUGCACUUUUGUGGCUGACUGCAGGUUUUCUUGGGGGUUAUGUUAUUGGGUUCUUUAUGUACACCAAUAUGAAGAAUGACGAAGUUUUAACUGUAUUGUAUUUAUGUUCAUCAGCGUCUUUAACUUUGAUUAAAAUAAAAUUUGUAAAAAUUGAAA